ACCUGAAACUUGGUAAAAAAGUUAACGAAGGUAAAACGAAAGAAGUGUACGAGCUGCCAGAUAUCCCGGGAUGUGUUCUCAUGCAGUCAAAAGACCAAAUAACAGCAGGGAAUGCAGCCAGGAAGGACCGAAUGGAGGGGAAGGCUGCCAUUUCCAACACAACAACUAGCUGCGUGUUUCAGUUGCUUCAAGAGGCUGGAAUCAAAACGGCUUUUGUCAGGAAACAGAGCGACACAGCAUUCAUAGCAGCUCACUGUGAAAUGAUCCCAAUUGAAUGGGUGUGCAGAAGAAUUGCUACUGGCUCCUUCCUCAAAAGAAACCCAGGUGUCAAAGAAGGAUACAAGUUCUACCCACCCAAAAUUGAGAUGUUCUACAAGGAUGAUGCUGCUAAUGAUCCACAGUGGUCUGAGGAGCAGUUAAUUGAAGCAAAGUUCUGUUUUGCUGGACUUACUAUUGGCCGGACUGAAGUGGAUAUUAUGGCUCGUUCUACUCAAGCUAUUUUUGAGAUUCUGGAAAAAUCAUGGCAGCCCCAAAACUGCACUCUAGUAGACCUGAAGAUUGAAUUUGGUGUUAAUGUUCUGACAAAAGAAAUUCUUCUUGCUGAUGUUAUUGAUAAUGACUCAUGGAGACUGUGGCCAUCAGGAGAUAGAAGCCAGCAGAAGGACAAACAGUCUUACCGGGACCUGAAAGAAGUGACUCCUGAAGCACUGCAAAUGGUUAAGAGAAAUUUUGAAUGGGUUGCAGAAAGAGUGGAGUUACUUCUGAAACCAAAGAGCCAAGGCAGGGUUGUGGUGUUGAUGGGAUCUCCUUCUGACCUCACUCACUGUGAAAAAAUAAAAAAGGCAUGUGCCACUUUUGGAAUUCCGUGUGAGUUAAGAGUGACCUCUGCUCACAAAGGGCCAGAUGAAACCCUGAGGAUCAAAGCAGAAUAUGAAGGAGAUGGAAUCCCAACAGUGUUUGUUGCAGUAGCUGGCAGAAGCAAUGGUUUGGGGCCAGUCAUGUCUGGUAAUACUGCUUACCCAGUUGUCAACUGUCCUCCACUCUCAGCUGACUGGGGCACCCAGGAUGUGUGGUCCUCUCUGCGACUGCCCAGCG